AUGCUACUCUCCUCCUUAUGUCUCUUCUUUCUCCCCAUAACUUCCGCGGCAGUCGGGAAACCCCUCCCCCGACCGCCUCGAUGUCUUCCAUCGGGUGACGAGAAACCUAUCAACGAUGCUUUUUCCAAAGGUGGGAAAGGAACGACUGUAUUACUAUGUCCGGGUUCUGUUCAUCGUCUCAGAAACCCAGUCGUAUUCACUGCCCCGAGACAGACGUUGACGACCGAAGGUGAUCCAGCAGGCAGAGAGAGGGCUAUGCUCAUAGUGGAAGGAGAGGAUCAAGCUACAGCUAUACAUGCCGACUGUAAACAAUGUUCAUGGGCUAUGAUACAAUCUCUCAUCGUGGAUGGAAACAGACCUUUGCUACUACGCGUCCCAUCAGGAGCAGCUCUAAUAGAGGUUGGUAACGCAGAAGGACAGACAGUGAGGGAUUGUAGGUUGUACGAACCGAGAGGUUGGAGUGCGUUGCACUUUCGAGAAGGGGAUGAUAAACAGUGUAGGAAGGGGUUGAUAGUGGGGAAUGAGAUUGGCCCGUGUGGGGAAGAAUGGGAUGACGAGUAUGAUGGUGUGGUAGAGCGUAGUCCGCCAUGGGGUAACCCACGUUCGGACGGUAUCAGUUUAGCAUGUCAAGACUCUUUAGUGGAAAAGAAUGUGGUGUAUGAUACGACUGACGGUGCUAUCGUUCUGUUUGGAUCAGCAGGUACGGAAGUACGAUACAAUGAAGUCUUUUCACGGACCAGAGUUGUUCUGGGAGGAAUAAACCUAGUCGACUACGACCCAUGGGAAGGAGAUUACUCCGGUGUUUCCGUUCAUCAUAACGAUAUCUCUGCUCUUUCCCGUUUUCUAAAAGUCGGUAUAGUUAUCGGACCAUCAUCAUGGUCAGACGAUACAGAUACCACCGUUCAUUCAGCCUCUGUCACCGAUAAUUCGUUUCACGGUCAAAACUUUGGAUAUGGAGUGGUCGUUUCUUCCGUCACGGGAUUUACCGUACUUCGUAAUAAGAAAGACGACGAUGCUCAAUUUGACGGAGUGAAAGGAGCUAGUUGUCCUAAAGCGCCUGAGAACGGUCGACCUACUGCUUUUUUGAUCAAUAGGGGAAGUGCUAAGGGUACCUUUCAAGAGGAUUUUGUCAAUGGGGAAGUGCAGCAUGUCAUAUGUAUUGAUCCGCCACCUGAUAAUGGCCAACCAUACGUACCUUGGCGACUGCGAGAUUCUCCCGCGGCGGUAAAAGCGAAAGAAGAGCAAUACGCUUUGGAACAUCCCGAAGAGGCCAAGAGUGGAUUUGACUCGCGUAUGGCAGACGCAUUAGUAUCAUACCAAAUGACCCUGAUGAAAGCCAUGGACUCAUUGACGAAUCAAGUUGAAACCUUAUCCGUUCUCCCUAUCGUUCUUCCGUCAGAAAGCCUUCAAGAACAGGUGGAUGCAUCAAUAUCGACAGGAGGAGGAGAUAUUUCUUCAAGGAUGGGUAAAUUACAAGAAGAAGAAGAAAAGUUGGAAGAGAUGUUAAAAGGUAUGAAAGUUGAUUUUGACGCUUUGGCUCAAAGGACAAAACAAACCAUUGUGAGUUAUCGUUUUGUCUAUCUAGCCCAAGAGAAUUCAGAAAUUUCUUCCAUACGGUUUGAGAGAUAA